AAGAACAAUCUGCCCAGAUAAACAACAGCCACAAGACUCAGAUAAAACCAAAAAUUACAUAUACUGAAUCAAAAUAAAUUUUUCGUCUCAAAUCCAGUUAUUUUUUUUUUCGUUUCUCAACAUCUUCUAAGUUGAUGAUAAGUCAGGGAAAAAAGUUCUGUGAUAUCCCACUCAACACGGCCCCGACUAGACCAAAUUUUCGUCAAAGCAUUUAGGUAUUCUUCCACAAAAGAACCGAACCCACCUUAUUCUUUGUGCAUGUCGGGGAUUGUCUGAUUUCUAAGCAUUUUCCUCACUCUAAUCUCCUAUUUUUCCUUCCUGGACUCAACCUCCCUUUUUCUUUAUACAUGUCGGGGAUUGUCUGAUUUCUAAGCUCGUCUAAUUUCAAAGCAUUAUCCUUGGUACUUCGAGGAAAAAACUUAACCCGCCUGCAGUAUCAUCUAUUUAAUUCAUUUGCCCUUGCUCUUCCACAUAAACUCAUCGUCUGCAACAAAACCCUACUCGUCCUCCUCUUCUUAAAAAAACAAUUUGUAAAGACUUUUUAGUGUUUGAACUGGAAUCGAUGGCGUCUUCUUCAUCAUCUCACCAGAAAAAUCAGGGAUUUAAUGCUUUUUCUGGAAUAGAACCUGCCGGCAAAAGACGAAAGGUUUCCGAAUCUUCCAGAUUGUUUGAUGUGUUCAUCAACCACAGAGGCCCUGAUGUCAAACAAACUCUUGCUACUCAGCUUUACAACUCCCUUAAGGAGGUAGGCAUACAAGCAUUUUUUGAUUCGGAAGAGAAGCAACUUGGAGAUUUGUUUACCUCUACUAUUGAGACUGCGAUCAAAUCUGCUUCAGUACAUAUUGCCAUUUUUUAAAAAAGAUAUGCAGAGUCACCUUGGUGUCUGGCUGAGCUAGUUCUUAUGUUACAAAGUAAGGCCAAGAUUAUUCCUGUGUUUUAUCAAGUCGAGCCGUGGGAACUCCGCUUCAUAGAAAAGGGAGUGUAUGCAAAAGCAUUCGCUAAAUAUAAAAAUGAGAAGAGGUACUGGGAGAAGCUGCCAGAGUGGAAGGAAGCACUUCAAUCUCUUUCAUUUGUGGCCGGGGAAGAAUUUAACGGUGAUUGCAAAAACAUAAUAGCAGCAGUGCAAAAGGAAGUACAAAAGAAAACAUAUUUACAUGUAGCCACAUAUCCAGUAGGGCUUAACAAUCUUGUGGAAGAUUUUGAAAGGCGAUGCCUUGAUGAACUUGUACAAGAUUUUGAAAACCAAUAUGGGCUUGAAGAAGAGAAGCAUAAGGUUAUGAUUGUUGGCAUUUUUGGCAUGGGUGGUUCUGGGAAGACAACUCUUGCCAAAGAAUUGUUUAACAGAAAAAGUUCGAACUACUGUAGAGCAAGUUUUUUGUUUGAUGUGCGAGAAGCCUGUGUGAAAGGCCAAUUACCUUCUUUGCAACUUCAGCUUCUCAAAGAUCUUUUUCAAGAUCAUCAUCUCAGUUUUACAAGUACAGAGGUAGGGACAAACUAUCUCAAAAAUCGUGUGCAAAGGAGCCCCAUUUUAAGCUUCCUAUUUGUUGUAGAUGAUAUUGAUCAUGUGGAGCAAUUAAAUGCUCUAAUGGUCAUGGAGAUGUUCAAAAAAUCUGGUAAUACUCUGGUUAUUGUUACAUCCCGUGAUGUAGGGGUGCUUAUAACAGCAGGGAUUACUGUUAAUUAUAAUUUAAAAGGAAUGGAUAGAAAUAAUGGGAGAGAACUCUUCUGUUGGCAUGCCUUUGACCAACCCAAUUCAUCUGACGACUACAAGAUGUUGGUUGACGCCUUUGUUGAUGUGUGUGGGGGCUUACCUCUUUCUCUUCAGGUUCUAGGUCGGCAUGUUCAUGGUAGACCUUACAGUUUUUGGAGUUCAGCAUUGAUUGAAGCCCGUAAGAUGCUGCCACGAGAUGUCAAACAGAGACUGAGAAUAAGUUUUGACGCAUUGGGUGGUGAAGAAAAACAGGUUUUUAUGGAUAUUGCUUGUUUUUUCAUUGGCAAGCCAAAGAACAUAGCCGAAAGAGUAUGGGAGGGUUCAGGAUGGAAUGCUCAACAUGCACUGGAAACGCUCAAGGAUAAAUGUCUUGUAGAAGAAAUAGAAAUUUUGAGCCUGAAUGUACAUGAGGGACUUGUUUUGAGAAUGCAUGACCACCUAAGGGACUUGGGGAGAGAAAUGGCACUUGAUCUCAGACCUCCUCAUCGCCUUUGGCGUCCUCAAGAUAUGAAAUAUUUGGAAUCAACGGGCUUCAAAAGUAUCCUAGGCAAAACGCAUGUCAGGUGUUUCCAUUCCAUUUUUGACAAGUACAUGAGUUCUCAAGUUACAUUCUUUUUAGGUCAGCCAGAUAUUUGUUUUGAGACGUCAGCUUCCCUACUCUGGCUUGAGCUUCAGGGCAAUUCCACAGAACAACCAUGCAUUCCUUCAUGGAUUUCUCUACAAAAUGUGCAGUGUUUGAAAAUCAAACGUGAACAACUCAAAACAUUGUGGGAAAAUCGCAUACAGGCACCCUCCCAGUUGAAGGAACUGCAGAUUUCUGAAACCUUUUUGGAAAAGAUUCCAGAUUUCUCAGGGAUAUCAGACAAUUUAGAAAAUGUUGUCUUAGAUGCCCGAGGAUGGCCAAUUCAAGGUUUAUCUUUACUAGAAUCUCUCAGUAUGAAUCUUUGUAGUAUAUGUCUCAGGUCUUCCACAUUAAAAGGGGAAAAGUCUUCCACUAAAAUAGAAGGGAGGACUUCUUGUGAAUCUUUGGUUAUUUGGAAUUUCAAAUUUAGUGGGGAAGUGGUAUGGAACAACAGAGGAAUGUCUAGCAAUGUUAAGGUUCCAAUGGCUGGCCUUGAAAAGAUAGAGAUUAGUGAUGAAGAAUUAGUAUCCAAGAUCUUAAUAAGUGGAAUUCACUAUCCAAGCCUUGAGCCUAUCAAACUUCAUUGUAUGGAAAAUUUAAGGGAAGUGGAUUUAAUAAGUAUAAAGUCAUUAAACUGUCUUGAUAUUACAAAUUGUAAACAUUUGAAAAGUUUGUCAGGAAUGUCAAAUCUGGCAAAGCUUGUGCUGCUGAAUAUCACAAAAUGCCCAGAGCUUGAGGAGCUAAGUCUUGGCCAUUUGAGCUGUCUGGAAAGGAUGACAAUUGUAGGUUGUAAACGUUUGAAAAGUGUGUCUGGAAUUCUAGAUCUUGGGAAUGUUGUCAGAUUGAAUGUUUAUGACUCUUUCAGUAGUGUGUCGGGAGCAUACCGUUUUAGGAUGCUGGCACAAUUAAAUAUUAGUGAAUGUCCGGAGCUGGAGAAGUUGCUAAGUUUUUCCAGCUGGAGCUGCUUGCAGAAAGUUGACAUUGCAUCUUGUGGAAAGUUACAGAACCUUAUGUUGCCAACAACACUCAUCAAGCUCUCUGUACAAAGUUGUAAAGAUUUGCAAAGAGUUGUUGGUGACCUUACAGAGUUGACAGAGUUGUUCAUUAAUGAGUGUCCUGAGCUUGACGAGUUGCCAAGUUUUUCCGGUAUGAGUUUGUUUGCAGAAAUUUGAGAUUGCAUGUUGUGGGAAGUUACAGAACAUUAUACUACCAAGGGAACUCAUCAAGCUGUCUGUACGAAAUUGCAGAGAUUUGCAAAGAUUAGUAGGAACCAGUCAUCUUACAGGGCUGACAGAGUUGUACAUUAAUGUGUGUCCUGAGCUUGAGGAGUUGCCAAGUUUUUCCAGCUCGAGCUGCUUGCAGAGAAUUCUCAUCUACAAUUGUGGAAAGUUACAGAACAUUAUGGUGCCAACAACACUCAUCAGCCUAGAAGUAGGAUGUUGUACAGAUUUGCAAAGAGUAUCAGGAGCUGGUGGUCUCACAAAGCUCAAAAUAUUGUUCAUUGAUGAUUGUCCUAAGCUUAAAGAGUUGCCAGGUUUGUCCAGAGUGAGCUCCGUGCAGCAAAUUGAGAUUGACUCUUCUGAGAAAUUGGAGAACAUAGCAGGUAUUGAAGAAUUGCAUUCACAAUGUUAUCUGAGACUUUUUAAUUCCAGCAAUGAAGUAAUACGGAAUUGCAUUCAUGAGUUGAAGAUUGUGCCGUUAGACUGUCUGGUGAUUGGAAGAGCAGUGGAUGGAGCGGAGUCAACUUUAAACCAAUCUCUGUUUUCUGAUGCAAUUGGUGCGGUCAUUGACAUUAUUCUUGAAGAUAUUGAGAUAGAAAAAUUGGAAGAAUUGAGAGCACUUCUUAUAUGCUUUGUUGUUGUGGUUGAUAGCUCUGCCUCAGUAGAAGAUAUAACUAAAUCACUUCGACGGGAGUAUUAUAACAGUUACUCUAACUUUGAAGUGCGUCAAGGAGAAUGGAUAAUCACAAUGGUAGUAGCAGGUUCCAAUAGCCUUCUCAUGAGGGCUUCAUAUGUUUUAAGGAGCUAUGGAAUAAUAAAGAAGGGGUUGGGGGUAGAGGUGAAGAAAGGUGAAGAGUGGAAAAUUUUGCAAGUAUUACAUACAAUUGUUGAUAGAUUACAUCAUUCAUAAAUGGAAUGUAUUCAAUUUGGACGGCUU